AUGUCCUUUGAUGCACGCGUCGUUCCCCAUACUACCAAUAAUACAGAUAGAUUGUAUUAUCUUGAUCAACAGCUGGAAGGAGAACCUAAAGAUUUGAUAGCGGGUUGUCUGUAUAUGAAUUCUGCUGAUGGUUAUCAAAAGGCCAGAGAUUUGUUGAUCACAGAAUAUGGAAAUCCUUACACAGUAUCAACAGCCUAUGUCAACAAGGUUCUUGCUUGGCCAGAGAUCAAAUAUGAUGACUCUCAUGGAUUAAAGCAGUUUUCCUACUUCCUCAUCAAAUGCCUCCAUGCCAUGAAAAGUAUGUCUCACAUGAAUGUGCUGAAUCAUGCUCCAAACAUGCAAGCUGUUGUUCUGAAGCUGCCAAUCUAUCUGCAGAAUAAAUGGCGAGAUCACGUCACUAAAGCUCGGCUUCAAAGGGAUAUUGUUAUUGCCUUUGAGGAUAUUGUACAGUUCAUUGAGUUUGCAUCCAAGUCUGCAAACGAGCCGGUUUACAGUAAGGAUGCAAUGUCUAAAAAUGAGGUCCACUUACGAAGGCAAGGCAAAGAUGCCAAGAGGGAUAAACAGACUGUCCACAAACUCAAGUCAAACAGUAUUGUGAUAAGUAGCAACUACCCAGAUUCGACAGAUCGUCACAAUAAAGGCAGAAGGCUUGCCUGUUACUUCUGCAAAGAGCAACAUGAUAUGGAUGACUGCAAACAAUUUGCGCAGAAGUCUCUAACAGAUAAGCGAGCAUACCUGAGGGACAAUAAAAUGUGUUACGGUUGCUAUGGUUACAACCAUGCUGUUAAAGGUUGUAUGAAGAAGCGGACCUGUAAACGGUGUGGCAAGUGCCAUCCAACAGCUUUACAUGAUGAUGACGACUUUCGUCCAGUACGGAAUAGACAGGAGGGAUUAACAGAUACAGGUAGCAUCAUGUCAAAGGCAGAUGGGCAUGGCACAACGCAUGCCACAGCUGACUCUGUUAACACAUCUUGCAGUCAUACAAAAUCGGACACAAUGGAUACGGUGCUGCAACCUAUCAUCCCUGUUAUUGUGCAACAGAGAGGCAACGAGAAAUCAGUAAAGACAUAUGCACUGUGGGACAAUGGCAGUACCGGUUGCUUCAUCACAGAAGAUCUGAAACAUGAACUUGCAGCAAAGUCUACCAAAUCAAUGCUCAAGCUUCGAACGAUGCAUGGCGUUAGUACAGUAGAAACCUUAGCAGUGGAGGAUCUCAUCAUGUCAGAUAUAACUGAGGAAAAUGCAGUCUUAUUACCAAGGACAUUUACUAAGGAAGAGAUACCAGUUGGUCACAGUCAGAUACCUAAUCCCGAUGUUUUGUUAACAUUCCCUCAUCUUAGUGAUAUGGCAAGCAAGCUACCAGAGUACCAGCCUGAUCUUGAUAAAGGGGUUGCUAAUUGGAAGCAACUGCCCUCUUGCCCUGCAGCCACAGGAAGUCAUUCCAUCACAAGGUAA